CUCUCACACUUCUCCCUUGGGUGGGGGUGGAGGGCUGCAGUGGCCAAGCUGGGACUGUAAGAUGUAGGUUCUUCCCUGGGGAAGGGGUCUCUGGCUCUGUCUUCUCUGGAUCUGUGUGGCCCUGCUGUAAAGUGGUCCUGGAGAUUCAGAUUUCCACCUUGCCCAGCAGGUGCAUCUCUGGCGUAGGAGCAUACUUGCACCUCCUGUUUGCUGGAUGGUGGAAUGAGAGUGGGGAUCUGCACACAGGUGGCUAUCUCCUGGGGACAGGCAGCCUCCCAGCUGCCACCUCCCAGGAGACUGAACCCCCAUGGCUCAGAACUUCCUGUCUCCUUGUCCUCUUCCAGGAUGGCUGUCUGGUCAGAGCACACCCGAGGCCGGACUUGGCUGGGAGCACCGGAGGGUCGCUAGUCUCCCCGAAUUGUCUUUUGCCCCUAGUUUUUCUGUAAUCUGCAGACUGGCUCCAGGAAGGUUUUCUGCCACCCCCUCCGGAUGCACGUGUCCCAGGGCUGACCCCCAGGGCCUGCGUGGCGAAGCUGGGACACUGGGUGCAAGGUCAGGGCCGCGACUGGGGCUAGGCUGUUUGCAGGAGGCCAGCCUCCGGGAGUGGCAGGGACUGGCCGAGCGCCGAGGCCGCUCCUUGGCGGCGACCUUCGGAGACCUGGCCUAGGCGUGCGGGUGACCCUGGAGCGGCCGGAGCAGGGCGAGGUGGGGGGACGCCAGGUUCCCGGGGGGAGUGGAGCAGGCCACCCAGCAGGCUCCCUGGGGUCGGUGUGGGCCCCCCCGCCACGCCCUAGCCCUUCGGGCACAGAGGCAGGCGGCUCGGCGCUGCCCACUCGGCUCCGCUGCUGGGCCACGGCCGCUUUAAGGCGCGGUCCACCCCCAGCUCGAGGCGGGGUCUAUCUGGCCCCGCCCCUGGCCUGGCCCCGCCCCCAGGGCCGCGCGGGCGCAUUGGCUGCGCCGGGCGCGGGUGGCGGGUGGCGCUUUGAACUCGGCGCGGGCGGCGGUGCGGGCCGGGGUCCGGGGCGAGAGUCGGGGUCCGAUCGGGGCCGGGCGGAGGCCGGGUCCGGGGUGUGGGCAGCAGGAGCUGCAAGCGGGCUGCCGGCGCUCCUGGGCGUCCGCGGUGCGGGCCAUGGCGGCGGAGGCGCGCGUGUCGCGCUGGUACUUCGGGGGACUGGCCUCCUGCGGGGCCGCCUGCUGCACGCACCCGUUGGACCUGCUCAAGGUGCAUCUGCAGACGCAGCAGGAGGUGAAGCUGCGCAUGACGGGCAUGGCCCUGCGGGUGGUGCGCUCCGAUGGCGUCCUGGCACUCUACAACGGCCUCAGUGCCUCCCUGUGCAGACAGAUGACCUACUCCCUGACUCGGUUCGCCAUCUAUGAGACCGUGCGGGACCAUGUGGCCAAGGGCAGUGAGGGGCCCCUGCCCUUCUACAAGAAGGUGCUGCUGGGCUCCAUCAGCGGUUGCAUUGGAGGCUUCGUGGGGACUCCCGCGGAUAUGGUCAAUGUCAGGAUGCAGAAUGACAUGAAGCUGCCCCCGAAUCAGCGCCGCAACUACGCCCACGCCGUGGACGGCUUGUACCGGGUGGCCCGAGAAGAGGGUCUGAAGAAGCUGUUCUCGGGCGCGAGCAUGGCAUCCAGUCGAGGGAUGCUUGUCACCGUGGGCCAGCUGUCCUGCUAUGAUCAGGCCAAGCAGCUGGUCCUCAGCACCGGGUACCUGUCUGAUGGUGUCUUCACUCACUUUGUUGCCAGUUUCAUCGCGGGUGGCUGCGCCACGAUCCUGUGCCAGCCCCUGGACGUGCUGAAGACGCGUCUGAUGAACUCCAAGGGCGAGUAUCAGGGUGUUCUCCACUGCGCAGUAGAGACAGCAAAGCUCGGGCCGCUGGCCUUUUACAAGGGCCUCCUGCCUGCAGGCAUCCGCCUCAUGCCCCACACCGUGCUCACGUUUGUGUUUCUGGAACAGCUCCGCAAACACUUCGGCAUCAAAGUGCUUUCCUGAUGGGCCGGGAGCAGGCUGAGCGCGGCCCCAGUGCCCUCCUCCCUCCUCCUGGGCCCGGACCUCCACCCUGGCCUUCCCUAACAGGCUCCUGCCCACACCCAGCCUACCUGGGCCUGAGCUCAUUCCAGUGACCUCGUCCUCUCCACCUCCUGCCUGCCCACCCCAGGCUCUCCCCACCUGGUAUUCCGGCAGCCCCCCCGCAAACUAAUGACUCAGAGGGGAGGUGUCGGGCCCUGGGUUCAGUUUUCUCUCCUCCCUGAGUAGCUGGUUAACACAAGGUGGGCUGUCCAGGCUUUCUAGAGUCUGGGGCCCUCAGCCCCAUCUUCCAGCCGCUUCCAUUAGGAGUUGGGUGGCCGCGGAGAGGGGUGCAGACCCCCAGCAUGGCUCACCAAACUAGGUGUGUGCAUGUGCCCUUUUGUUUCUGGAGAGGGACCAUAGCUUUUCUGCCAUUCUCAAAGGUAGCUCUGCCCCCGGAGCUCCGGGGCCCUGGGCAGAUGGCACCAUGCAGAAUCAGCCUGCCCGGGAGGGAGGGUGAGCACAUGGCCUGCGGGCACCAGGUCCAGCCAGCCCCCUGCUGCUUCAGCAGGUAGUUUCGCCAAAAGCUCUCAAAGCCACGAGCCGGCUGCCGCUUCAGGGAGCGUGGGGUACGCCCGGCGUCCCCGCCUCCCACAGCUCCCAGGCAGAGGCAGGCUGCAGGGUGUCCUCGGGGGCCCACUCCGUGUGGACGGCGGCAUCCGCCCACAGCCGAGACCCAGAACGCCCGCGCCUGAGGUCUGCCAGAGCAGCCCGUCCCCCCGACCCCAGCAGGGGUGCUCUGCAGGGGUGUUAAUAAAGGACUGUGAAGUGCUCCGCGUCUGGCA